AUGGGUGAUUUCACAAAUGACCUGCCGACGGACUUCUGGAGCCUUGUUCCAUUCCGAGCAGCGGAUGAGAAUCAGGCCGUACCCAGUCUCGGUUUUGGGUUGAUGGGCCUCAGCUCCACCUAUGGUGCCGUGCCGCCUGAUGAGGAACGACUCAAGGUCCUGGACCGGGCCUGGGAGCUGGGUGCGACCUUCUGGGACACUGCCCAAGAAUACGGGGACAGCGAGGUCCUCGUCGGCAAGUGGCUGGCGAAGCAUCCCGAGCGUCGCCAGGACAUUUUCCUGGCAACCAAGUUCGGUAUUUCGUGGACCAUCAACGACGGCAAGGUCAACGUGUUCCUGGAUAGCAGCCCCGAGAACUGCCGCAAGGUCUGUGGAGAGGCCCUCCAGAAGCUCGGUAUUGACUACCUCGACAUCUUCUAUGUUCACCGUUUCGACGGGAAGACUCCAGUUGAGAAGACCAUGGAGGCUUUGCUAGAGCUGAAGAAGCAAGGCAAGAUCAAGCACAUCGGAUUUUGCGAAUGCUCUUCGGAGACCCUUCGUCGCGGUCUGGCCAUGGGCCCUGUCGCAGCUGUUCAGAUUGAAUACAAUCCCUGGACGCUUGACAUCGAGGGCCAAGUGGGCACGCACCUGCUGGCGACCUGCCGCGAGCUCGGAGUCGCCGUAGUCACCUUCAGUCCUCUUGGACGUGGAUUUCUCACCGGGAGGUACAAAUCAUUAGACGACCUUGAAGCGAACGAUGCCCGUCGGAUGCUCCCACGUUUCAACCCAGAGAACUUCCCCAAGAACCUCGAGCUCUUGAAGAUCUUCCAGGAUCUUGCAGCAAAGAAAGACGCUACGCCAGCGCAAGUGGUUCUGGCAUGGAUCUUGGCACAGGGACCAGAAUUUUUUCCUAUCCCAGGUACCAAGAAUUUGAAGUACCUGGAACAAAACCUGGGAGCUCUCAAGGUCGAGAUAACGGCUGAGGAUGAUACUCAAAUCAGGUCGACGAUCGAGUCGAUGGGUGGAGCUGCCGGGGAACGACUGCCAGCAGGUGUUCCAGGUAGCUUUGCUGAUACGCCACAGCUGUAG